GAUGCUCUGUCAUAGCAGUAUCCUGUAUAACGAUGUCCUAAACGGUAUUAUGUUGAAGGGGAAUAAAAAAAGACGUUAAGUAAAGAACGAUGGCGAUUACCGGCAUUCGACACUUGUCACGCUGCCAUUUCCCAGCAAUUUCAACCAAUCAACUUAUCGACGGAGCACACACUGCUGGAUUUUCUCCAAUCUCCUCGGCCCAAGCGAGGGGACGGGCAGCUAAGUGCGCUCCCGCAAACCUCCGCCAGCAUGUUAGCCUAGCCUACACUGACGCCAUUUCACAACUUGGCGCUGUGGAUGUGUGCCUGCAACGGAGUGAAAGUAUAGAGCAACACCAUGGUGAAGAUAUUCAUCGGCAACCUGUCCCAGGACACCACGGCGGAGGAGCUCCGCGCCCUCUUCUCCCAGUAUGGUAAGAUCUCGGAGUGUGACAUCGUGAAGAACUUUGGCUUUGUGCACAUGGACGACAAGGCGGAGGCGGAGGAGGCCAUCCGCAACCUACACCACUACGAGCUGAACGGCCUGGCCAUGAACGUGGAGAUGAGCCGCAGCAAGUCCAAGGCCUCCACCAAGCUGCACGUGGGCAACAUCAACAGCAGCUGCACCAACCAGGAGCUGCGCGCCAAGUUCGAGGAGUACGGCCCCGUGGUGGAGUGCGACAUCGUCAAGGACUACGCCUUCGUGCACAUGGAGAGGGUGGAAGACGCUAUGGAGGCCAUCAGUGGGCUGGACAACACGGCCUUCCAAGGCAAGCUGAUGAGCGUGAAGCUUUCAACUAGCCGCCUGCGUACAGCGCCGGGGAUGGGAGAGAGAACGGGGUGUUAUCGGUGCGGGCAGGAAGGCCACUGGUCCAAAGAAUGCCCGCUGGACCAGAACGGCUCCUACGGAGAGGGUCCCAUGGGCCCCGGUGCCAAUGGAUUCGGUCCUUCCAGGUUCGGCCGGGGCGGUCGCGGCGGGGGGUUCCCCCGGGGCUUCGGCGGGGACCCAGGCUUCGGUAGCGGCUACGCCCCGGCGCACGGCUUCGGCAGGGGCGCCGGCUACGGUGGACCCGGGUACGGCAGGGGCGCGGGAUACGAGAGCGCGAUGGCGUACGGGGCACCUCCGGGCUACGGCAUGGGCGCCGAGCAUAGCAUGGCCCGCAUGUACGGCGGUGAUGGUACUUACGGGACCGGCGGCGCGACCUACGGUGCGGUGCCGGCCUACCCAGCGCGGCGUGCAGCCUAUGACGAGCGGGACCCAUAUGGCGUCGUGGACUUCUAUGAGAAGUACCGGGCCCGUCCGUACGGUGCCAGUUAUUUCGAGGAUCGGCGCGCCGUCCCCCUGCCUCCCCCGCCUCCUCCCUCGUCCUCUGCGAUCAUGAGGGACCGUCUGUCCUCCGCCACCCUCGACCCCUACGAACGCCGUCCCCUCCCCCCUCCGCCGGCCCCCGGCACCUCGUACUACUCACGAGACCGAAGCCCCAUCCGCCGUAUCCCGCCCGAGGGGGAGGGCUACUCGUACGAGCGUUCGCGUCUCUCCCCGGUAUCCUCCCUCUCCAGGAGCUCCACGUACGACGUGCCGCGCGCCAGGGACCCUUACGCCGAGCGAACGCGCUACGCUUACUAACGUCCCCCCCUUCUCCGUCAGGUGAGACCAGCGUGUCGAGGGGACCCCACUUCUCCAGUGGUUAGUCCUUACACUAUACUGAGAUAAACAGAAGUGACUCCAUUCAUUGAUGUUAGACCCCUGUCAGUGGAAUUAGGUAGUGUUCCGACAGUAAAGCUGCUUACAGACGGCCCUGUAGUGAGGCCUCAGAGAUCAGAUAGGCCUCACAGUAAUAAAAAGCACGUAGACGCACAGCAGCAUUGCUCCUGGCCUCCUGCGACUGACAGGUAUAAUAGGUGCAUGCUUGGCCCUUCCUGAGCGGGUUUUUGUUCUGGAGGCUGACGGUGGUGUUGUGUGAUCUGCUUUCUUCGCAGGUGUUUCCACGCCACACUUCCACUAACGCGCGCUCGGUGGAGGUCACGUUUUGGCUCACCGCGCGGUCCGGCUUUGCCGCAGGCGGGGGGGAUGGCGGUGUCGCGGACGCUGUGUUAGAACAGCAUCGUGUCUCAACGUGUGUCAACUGAUGACCAACUUAAGUUUUGUCUUAAUCCUCCAUGAUGUGGCAAAGGGUGCAUGAAUUCCUCAGUUUUUUUUUGCUGUGUUUUUUAGGAGACUCCUGAUGCUUAUCAUAGAUCCUUUACCCAUAAUGUGAGUGCGGAUGUUUGUUUAGUAUCACUACAGUACUACAAGUCGGGUUUUGGUGACGACAGCUUUAUUUUCAGUGUUAAACUUUUCCUAACCAUUUUGCUCCCGUACAUCAUGUUUCUUCUCUUGUCGUUCCAGAUAGGAGUUUCUUGUUCAUGCUGUUAAAACGACCCUUUUUCUGGAUAUACAGUGCAAUGUUCUCAGUUGUAGUGUUUGCAGUGUUCUUUUCAAGAGCUGAUCGUUUUCAGCUUAAGUUACAGACGUAUCCACAUACAGGCACAUGGCUUUUGGAAAGAAUUUAGCACAGCAAGUGCACACUCAGCACCAGAAUUUGAAGACUUUUGCCAUAUUUUCAUGUGUAUUUAUAAGUACUUGGUCAGUCCACCCAAAAACUUUCUAGGUUUUUUUUUGCUGUCACUGAGCUUGCCUAGGUGCCAUUUUAGCUAACAACACACGCAUUCGGUGUGGCAGAAAGGUGCGUUUUGCAUGCAGAAGGCCUGGUUAAAGAAGUCCCAAGUAAAUAUGUUGCUUGAGCAAACUGCUGUUUUGUUUGAAAGAGUCUGAAAGUCAAAUGAAUAGCAGUUUGUUUUGAAUUUCCCCCGGUGUUACUGGAUACAUUCAAGCUG